AUGUCCGGUCAAAAGAAGAAGCAACAGCCUUUCUGGCUUGGCGGAGCGGCUGCGUCAAUGGCAGCAACAUGCACACAUCCCCUGGAUCAAACGAAAUACCGAAUGCAAGUCAUGCACCAACCGCCAAACAUCCUCAGAACAUUGGUAUCAUUCGCCAGCCGCGAUGGUAUUCCAUCUCUCUGGACCGGAUUGACUGGUUCCUGGCUCCGCCAAUGCUCCUACUCGACCGCUCGUUUCGGCCUCUACAACUACUUUGCCAAGGAAGUCAAGCAAAGAACCGGAACCACGAAACUGACUGCUGGCUGGGAAGUCGUGUGUUCUGGUGUGGCUGGAGGAGCAGCCGGUCUGAUCGGUAACCCUACAGAGGUCGUGCUGGUGAGAAUGUGUGCGGAUGGUGCUAAGACUGCUGCUGAGAGAUAUAACUAUGGCAAUUCGAUUCGUGCGUUAUAUAGGAUUGCAAAGGAGGAGGGUAUGUCGACUUUCAGCAGAGGUUUGACGCCUAAUAUCGUUCGCAGUGUCAUCAUGAACAUUUCUCAGAUCGCUACCUACUCAACCGCAAAGGACUGGCUGCUCUCAAACCCCAGUCUAGGACUCAAAGAUGGCAUUUUCCUGCACUUCCUCGCCUCCCUCCUCGCCGGCACCGUGGCAACCACAGCAUGCGCACCCGCCGAUGUACUCAAGAGCCGCGUCCAAUCUGCUCCUACCGUAAAUGGCGUAAAACCCAGUCUCAGCAAAAUCUUCGCCGAAUCCUACCAGAAAGAGGGUAUCAGUUUCCUCAUGAGAGGAUGGUCGCCUGCAUGGCUUAGACUUGCCCCCAACACUGUUCUGAUGUUUGUCUUUAUGGAGCAACUCCAGCGUCUUGUGGGUGUUAGCUCUGGUCAACCCAAGCCCGUGCAGGAGAAGAAGGCCUCCGAGGCCAUGAAGGCAUAG